CAAGCGAUCCAUGUGCCUGCCCACAACUUGUAACCAAGACUGCAAGCAAGGGUGGAAAAGUGUAGGGCUCGCCGUCUCACACUCGCUUCCAGCUAGGUUGGUUCGUUCAUAUGGCUGCUGCAGGGUGGCUCAUCGUCGUGUGCAGCGGCGGCAGCCUCGCCCUCGACAUCACGGCGUUUGUCUUGGCCGUCCUCGCGGAGGACUGCGUCCCAGGGGUGAUCCAGUUCACGCUCGAGGACCCACACCAGAGGUUAUGCAUGACGCUGCUGCUGGUGGGCGUCCCAGUUGGUGCGUUCCUGCUGCUGGCCGAGUCGUGCUGGCUCAAGUAUGAGCAGCAGCAGCCGCCGCCCCCGCCGGCCGACGUCAAGCUCCUGGUCGUCCUGACCGCGCUCGAGUGGCUGCUCGCGUUGCUCGCCGUCGGAGCGGCGUCCUCCGCGCUAAUCGCGGACCUCGUCGCCACGCCCGUGUGCGCGUCGUACCAGCUCGCCGCCGACCGGACGGCAUGUGCCGGCGGGGCUCUCGCCGCGGCGUCGGCUGUCGGGUUGCUCUGCGUCGUCUGCUCCCGGUUGCGCCAAGCUCCCGCGCCUCUGCAGCCUCAGGCGUAGUAGGAAUUACUCUGCGGUAGUGUGUGAGUGGCCUGAUCCUUGUAAGCAGUAGCUAAUCAAAUGCUUGCUUCUUCUUCAUUUGCUGAACCUUCUUCCUUGAAUGCAUCUUUGUUCAGGCGCCUCCGCAGGUUCAUUCCCCCCUCUUGUGUUUGGUUAUGCAGCUUUGUUCAAAAAAUCAAGACUGAGAAUUGCUUUUCUGCUGUAGUGUAGGUGUGCUAU